AUGCUGACGUAUCCAGAGACCACGGACUUGCGAGGCCGGCGUUUUCCCAACCGGCUCCUAUGCAGCUAUGUGGCGCCAGUGUUUCUGUCGCCCAUGCUCACGAUGUCCGACGACCAGGAGGCGAUGCGCUAUGUGUACUGCGCUUGCCUGAUGGCCGUGUACUGGGUGUUCGAGAGCAUGCCCUUCGUGGCCACCUCGCUGCUGCCGCUCCUGCUGUUGCCCAUCCUCAACGUCAUGCCGCCGGGAGACGUAGCCAGCGGAUACGCUUCGGAGCCGGUGCUGUCGCUGUUCCUGGGCCUGAGCUUCGCCCUGGCCCUCCGCCACGGCACCAGCCUGUACACGCGCGCCUCGUUCGCACUCCUCCAGGGGUUCGGCACCAGGGUGCGCUCGCUGAUGCUGGGCUUCCUCGGGUGCACGCUGCUGAUGACGCAGGUGCUGGGUGCCAGCCUCACCGCCGUGCUCAUGGUCUACACCGUCGAGUGCGCCAUCGCCGAGAUCCAGAACGACGUCAUCCGCGAGGAGCAGUUCAAGGCCUACGCGCAAAAGUUCAGACGCCGUUUCUCGAGCGGUGCGGGCCUCCUGAGCAACAACAAAAGGACGCAGAGCGAAGACCGUCAGGCCGCCUCUCGGAUGAACAGGCCCGUCGAACAUCGGGACAGAUUUCAGUCGAGGAGUUCAAGAACUGCUCAACUGUCGUCCGGCGAUGAAGACGGCUACAGCUUCAUGGCGGCCGGGCCCAUGUCCGAGCCACGUGUCUUCGCCGUGACGAUCGACAACCCACCGGAGGUCAAGAAGAAAAAAGGAGGGCGACGUAGUCCUUCUAAGGCGACAACAAAAGCCAGCACCUCGAGCGCGGGUUCGAGCACGCCGCAACCGUCGUCGGAGCGCGCUUCCUUGGUCGCCAGCGCGCCCUCCAGCGUGAGAAUGCCCUCGGAAAUCAGCUCAGAUAGCGCCGCAGUGCGUUCUGCCCCCUCGACGGACCAAGAGCUACCGCAACCGCAGACGUCGACCAGCAAGGCUCCGGCCGGCUCCAGCGUCGAGAAAUCCAAGCGACGGGGAACGGUCCACGUGAACCUGAACCGGGACAGCGUCCCCGUGCUUCAGCAGGCGGGGAACAGGGCAGCGCUCCAGCCGAUGUCGCGAAUCGGGUCCGACGGCGCGUCGCCAGACGCGGACCUCCGCAAGGCCGCCAUGCGCGACCGCAAGAUCUCCAUCUACGAGCGCGGCAAGACGCUGCGGCCGGGCGAGGAUGACGUCAGCGUGGCCGCCAGCGCGAUCGAGCCGAAGAGGCAGUCUCGGAAGAAGAGCUCCAUGUUUGGCGGCAUCCGGGAGUUCAUCAAACGACGACUCACAACGAGCACCUUCGUGGACAGCAGCUACCUCCAAGAGCGGAUUGCCUGGGAGAAAGAGAGGUACACCGCCAUUCAGAAGGAUCUGCUCAUCGGCAUCGCCCUGACCGCCAGCGUCGGCUCCAUCACCAGCUUCCACGGGAACGACAGCAACAUUGUUCUCAGCAAGUACUACGCCACCAACGGUGACCGCAAGGACCUUACUACGACGCGAUGGUUGCUGGUCACCCUACCGGUCGCCGCCAGCGCCGUGGCCUUCGCCUGGAGCCUCCUCAUGACGGGAUACCUGGAACGCUAUGAUGCCGAUGAGGACGAAGACGCCAGAUACGCCAUCAGCCAGGUGCUCAAGCACAAAUACUACGAGAUCAGCUCUUUCAGCCUCCGAGACUUUGUGAUCCUGCUCGCCACAUUGGCUUGGUGCGCCAGCAAGAUCGCCUACGCCCACGAGGAGACGCUGACAGAAGACAAGGUCCUGCACGCCCCUACGAGCCUGUUGCUGGGCGAGGCGCUGUUCGUGGCCCUGUUCGCGCUGCCCGGGGAGCUGCUGUUCUGGCGCGACGCGUCGAACGAUGCUUCCGCCAGUGGCAGCGGCAGGAUGGCCAGCUGGAGCCGCCUGGCUUCCAGCAUGCCCUGGGGUGUGCUCGUCGUAUACGGCAGCGUGCAUAGCAUGCUCAUCGCAUCCAGGGUGUCCGGCUUCUCGGCGCUGGCGAGCGACGCGAUCCUGCAGAUGAACCACCUGGAUCCGGUGACCAACCAGUUGAUCCUCACCUGCGCCGCUGCCCUGCUCGCCGAGGUCGUCAGCAGCACCACCACGGCAUCCAUGCUCGUGCCCCUCGCGAUAACGCUGGCCAAGCAGAGCAAUGCGCACCCGCUCUACCUCGCCAUUCCCGUGACGGUGGCCUCGAGCACGUCCCUGCUGACGCCAGUCGCCUCCACGGCCAUCACUGUCGUGGUCUCCUACGCCGAGAUCAGCAUCGCCGACCUGAUCGUCCCGGGGCUGAUGAUCAAGGCCUUCAUGGUGACCUCGGUGCUGCUGUCCGUCAACACCAUAGGGGAAUACGUCUUCAACUUCGACGACGUCGCCUACCCUGGCUUCACGGCCCACGUGAACUACUCUCAUGUUUAGUGCAACCGUCAACGUUCGAAACUGUAUAGGGAAAUUACUGUACCUUUAUAUCACGUGUAAUUGUUUUGUGUAUUUGCGCAUUCGUUGUACAUAUAAUUCCGGCACACACACACAAAAAAAAAAAAAAAAACGAAAAGACGUCUGCCGCACCUCGAUAACUGAAUACACUGCGGCGAGCUGUCAUGCAGAGGUGCCGAUAUAUGGCUUAUGAGAGUUGGUUCGGCGCACUUAUGACGGCCGGCGCGCAACAAUAAAACGGGAGACAGGGGAAGUAAAUUUCAAUUCGCUCAUCACUUUUGCUGAAAGACAUUCUUGAAUGACAGUUACUAUUCAUUCCAUUUGGCUUUUGCUGUCACCGUUUCAAC